CAUUCCUUCUUCCCGAUCCACGGAGCAGCCGUGGACUUGAAGUCAGCAGAUCCGGAUCUAGUCCAGCUGUGCCUCGCACUCUGUGACCUUGGGCAAAUACAACUCUGGGACUCACUCUCUUCGUCUCUAGUUGCUCCGUCCGUCUUAGGACAUCAAGUUCAGCAGCGCCCAAGUCAUUGGAUUCACCUGUGAUGAAAUGGGGGCCAACCAGUCCGUGGGUUUUCCACCUGUCACAGGACCCCACCUCGUAGGCUGCGGGGAUGUGAUGGAGGGUCAGAGUCUCCAGGGGAGCUUCUUUCGACUCUUCUACCCCUGCCAAGAGGCAGAGGAGACCACGGAGCAGCCCCUGUGGAUUCCUCGCUAUGAGUACUGCACCGGCCUGGCCGACUACCUGCAGUUUAAUAAGCGCUGGGGGGGGCUGCUGUUCAGCCUGGCUGUGGGAUCUUGCCGCCUGCCUGUUAGCUGGAAUGGCCCAUUUAAGACAAAGGACUCUGGAUACCCCUUGAUCAUCUUCUCCCAUGGCCUGGGAGCCUUCAGGACAUUGUAUUCAGCCUUCUGCAUGGAGCUGGCCUCCCGUGGCUUUGUGGUUGCCGUGCCGGAGCACAGGGACCAGUCAGCUGCAACCACCUAUUUCUGCAAGCAGGCCCCAGAGAACCAGCCCACCAACGAGUCGCUGGAGGAGGAAUGGAUCCCUUACCGUCGAGUUGAGGAAGGGGAGAAGGAAUUCCAUGUUCGGAAUCCCCAGGUGCAUCAGCGAGUAAACGAGUGUGUGCGGGUGUUGAGAAUCCUGCAAAAGGCCACUGCUGGGCAGACCGUCCUCAACAUCUUGCCUGGUGGGUUGGAUCUGAUGACCUUGAAGGGCAGCAUCGAUAUGAGCCGCGUGGCUGUGAUGGGACAUUCAUUUGGGGGGGCCACAGCUAUUCUGGCUUUGGCCAAGGAGACCCAAUUUCGGUGUGCUGUGGCUCUAGAUGCUUGGAUGUUUCCUCUGGAACGUGACUUUUACCCCAAUGCCCGAGGCCCCAUGUUCUUUAUCAAUGCUGAGAAGUUCCAGACAGUGGAGAGUGUCAAUUUGAUGAAGAAGAUAUGUGCCCAGCAUGAACAGUCCAGGAUCGUCACUGUCCUUGGUUCUGUUCAUCGGAGUCAAACUGACUUUGCUUUUGUGACUGGCAACUUGAUCGGUAAAUUCUUCUCCACUCAGACCCGUGGGAGCCUGGACCCCUACAAAGGGCAGGAGGUUGUGGUGCGGGCCAUGCUGGCCUUCCUGCAGAAGCACCUGGAUCUGCAAGAGAACUAUGAUCAAUGGAACAAUCUCGUUGAGGGCAUUGGACCGUCACUCACGCCAGGGGCCCCACACCAUCUGUCCAGCCUGUAGGCACAGCUGGCCAUUUGUAAAAGGUCACUUGAGCUGAGUUUCCAUCUGCGGGCUGCCCAGGGGCACCUCAAACCUCCUAUCAAGAAGUGGUCAACAUGACACUUUUUCACAGAUUAAGAGGAUAUAAUCACACUGUUGAUUGAAUAACUGGGUACUUUGAUCUUGCACUUGUUGAUCUUAAACUCACGUUGGAACUGGAAUCACGUACUGAUCGAUGAACUGACUUUCUGGGACUUGAGCCCCGAGGGUAUGGGGAAUUAGCAGUGGGGCGGAGCUGGGGGACCCAGGCGGGGGCUGAGCCUUGUGAAGCCUACAGGUUGAACGAGCCGACGCCCUCAUGUCAGGCCAGGGUUGCCUCUUUAGUGGAAGAGAUGGAGCCAGAGGAUGGAGCGAAAAUCCCACCCUUCAGGGACUCUGGCCCAGCCCAGUACGGUCUCUUCCUACCUCUCCACCUUCUGCCUCCCCAGGGCCCCUGGGUGGAGCGUGAGCGCUCUAGGUGGCUCUCUAGGAUAUGCACCAUUAUCAGAUUUUCUAUUUAUUUUCAAGUCUUCCAAUCACACGAAAUGUAAUGCUACUUAGUGAGUACUAAGUUAUACUUGUGAGCCCACGGGGGGCAGACAGCAUGGCUUGCAGGACGGAGAGAGAAGCUGGGGUACAAAGGGGUAUCUCAGAAGCUCUGGAUGUCUUUGGGGCUUUGCUAAAAAUGUGUCUUGACAGGAAACAACACAAGUAGGUUAAGAUGGGGAAGACAGAGUAACAGUGUCAAACAGCCGUUUGUACAGGCCCUUGCCACAAGAGGGUGGUAGUUUGGUCAGUUAAAACCUAGGAAGCCGCUCCUAGAGAGGUCUAGGAACACCUUGGUCUUGCCUCUUACGUCGGAUGCUAGGAACUUCCAACUUGCUCAGAAUCAGGGUGUUUUAGUUGUUUUCUGACUCUGAGGUCCUUAUCCCAAAUUUAAGUCAGGAUACAGACCGGAUUUCCAUUCUGUUGCAUUUAUAAUAUGAAUGAUGUUAAUACUCAUGUUUGCCUAAGGUUACAUUGGAAUAUUCUGUCUAUUAAAUCUGCAAUAGAACAAGA